GGCGUCGCCGAGGCUCCGCCCCUUCCUUUCGCCGCCGCCGUCCCUCGCGAGCGCACGUCCCAGGCCGCUCUCCCGCGCCGCCGCCGCCGCCCAAGAUGCGUUACGUCGCAGCUUAUCUGCUCGCUGUGCUCGGAGGCAACGAGUCCCCCACGUCCAAGGACUUGAAAAAGAUCCUCGACAGCGUCGGCAUCGAGACGGACGAUGAACGCAUGAACAAGGUUAUUAGUGAGCUGAAUGGAAAAAACAUUGAGGAUGUAAUUGCCCAGGGUAAUGGAAAACUUGCCAGCAUGCCGGCUGGGGGAGCGGUGGCAGUCUCUGCUGGAGGGGGCUCUGCUGCUCCUGCUGCAGCUGCUGCCCCUGCUGCUGCUGAGGAGAAGAAAGAAGAGAAGAAGGAGGAAUCAGAAGAAUCUGAUGAUGACAUGGGAUUUGGCCUCUUUGAUUAAUUAUUUGUUAUAGAGAAGUUAUUAAAAUUCUU